CCGAGCCCCCCAUCCCCUUCCCCAAGCCCCCUCCACCAUGAUUUUGCUGAGCUGCUUCUUGCACCUGCGGCCCCGGCGCUGCGGCCCCUUGGCAGGGCUGGGCAGGGGGCUCGGCCCGCUCGGGGGGUCCUGCAGGGCCCUGCGGGUGCUGGUGGACAUGGACGGGGUGCUGGCCGACUUUGAGGGAGGCUUCCUCAAGAAGUUCAGGGCCAGGUACCCCGACAAGCCCUACAUUGCCCUGGAGGACCGGAGGGGCUUCUGGGUGUCGGAGCAGUACGGGCGCCUGGGACCUGAGCUGAGUGAGAAAGCCAUCAGCAUCUGGGAAUCCAAGAACUUCUUCAUCGAGCUGGACCCGCUCCCUGGGGCUGUGGAAGCUGUGAAGGAAAUGGCAAACUUGGCAGACACCGACGUGUUCAUCUGCACAAGCCCCAUCAAGAAGUACCGCUACUGCCCUUACGAGAAGUAUGCCUGGGUGGAGAAGCACUUUGGCCCUGAGUUUCUUGAGCAGAUCGUUCUGACACGGGAUAAGACGGUGGUUUCUGCUGACCUGCUUAUAGAUGACAGACCUGAUAUAACAGGGGCCGAGCUGAACCCCACGUGGGAGCACGUGCUUUUCACUGCCUGCCACAACAAGCACCUGCAGCUGAAGCCCCCCAGCCGCCGGCUGCACUCCUGGUCCGACGACUGGAAGGCCAUUCUGGACAGCAAACGCCUCCCACCCGGCCAGGCCACCUAAACACCGGCCUCCCACGGCCACCUGGGGCUGCAGCCACCCCCUCGUGUCCCUGUGGAGUCCUGCUGAAGGCCAAAACCACGGAUGGACAGACAGACAGACGCUGUCCCUGCUGCAGAAAGGAAGAGGAGGGUGAGCUGAAGCACCACAGCCACCUGGACCUGGAAAACAGACCCCAGCCCAGCUGCGCCACAAGAGACCAGCAACAGGAUUGGCCCUGUGGACCUGCCAGCCUGGCUGGGGGGCAUUUCCCACUGGCUCCUGGGGUCUCUGUGCUACAUCUGCACCCCCCACGAGGCCAGCCUGGUACUCCUGAUGGACAAAGUCCCCCUCAGCGUGUCACUGCCCUUGUCUGGUGCAGUGCAGGGCACAGACCAGCUCUCUACCCUCCCCUCUGUGUUACGGUCAAGGAUCACGUGGGUGGUUUGUUUUGUCCUCACAGGGUUUCGUCAUCAGGGGCUGCCUCGGGGGGUGUUUCCCCUGCCAGUGCCUGGACCUGUGGAGAGGGGUGGCUGGAAGGGCUGGGGGAGCUGGUGGAUGCUGCCCAGGCUCCCUGCACUGGCUCAGCUGGGCUGUUUCUUGCAGCUGAUGCAAUGGGAUGGUUGCGUGGUUCCCUGCUGGAAGAGUCCCUGCAGGGGGAUAUGGGCACAGUACCAUUCCUUCCAUGGAUCUGGCUGUGCAG